CCAUCCGCUCAACUCACCGGUUGCCUUCAACAGCCAACGGUUAAAUGAGACGUGCAAGGCAAAGGGUGUGCUAGAGCUGCAUCUGCUGCAGAAGGAGGCGGCUCAGCUGAAGGUGAAGUAUCAGGCGAAUGUGCCGCAGGAUGAGAUCAAUGUGCGCCAGAUGCAACACAGCCAGUUCCGCGUGAACCCACUGGAGAGUCUCAUUCUCAAACCGCUGUCGGCAUCGUCGCACGGUAGCGGUUGCCUGGAAACGACCAACGGUCUCGGCGGUGGCUACUAUAACAAGGUGGCCGAUUACGUUGGCCUUUCGCUGGGCGCUAAAGCAGCGGCGGUAGCAGCAGCGGCGGCGGCGGCAGCGGCAGCAUCCUCUGCUUCCGGUAAUACCGACGCGGGGAAGCUCGAUACUGAGCAGCUACUGCUCCGUGCCGGCAUCAAUCGGUCGGAUCAGCUUGCGGCGGUUGCUGCUGUCGCUGCUGCCCAGCAGCAGCAGCAGCAGCAACAGCAGCAGCUGCAACAGAAACCUCCACUUCAGCAGCAACUAAUGCAGCACCGGCUGCUGCAGCAGAAGCGGCAGAUUCUGCAAAAACAAGGUGCCAUGGAGGCUGGCUUGAGCCGUCGGCAGAUGCUGCGCCAGCACAGCUACAAGAUCGCACAGCAAACACAAAUCCUACCGCCGCUACCGUACGGCGAAGCAGAUGCGGACGGUUACCCAACGCUGCAACCCGUCCGCGAAACGGCCAUCCUGGAGACGGAACCUUCCGGGCACCAGGAAGCACUAGAACUCUACGCUCAGCUCCAGUCACACCAUCAUCAACAGCAACAGCACCAGAUGCACCAUCACCAGCAACAGCAGCAGCAGCAUGGUACUAGUGGGGUUGAUCGUGGGCCCUCCUCAUGGAGUACUCUGCCCAGUUCGAUGAAGACGUGUCAGAUCAGUGACGGUACCCCGACUGCCGACAGUCCUUGGAACGUGGCCGCCCUCUACCAUCAGCAGAUGCCAUUCCAGAAACAGCUAAUUAAACUAAAAGAAAAGAAGAACUUGGAGAUAAAAUCGCCUUUAUUUACUGCCCUUGGUCUUAGCCUCGAAACAUUUCCCUCUUGUGUAAAAAGAAGUGUAUCCCAACGAGAUGUGCGAUGGAUAGUAUAGUAUAUCACGAUGCAUAGUAACAUACUGUGCCCGAAUACGUAUUAAAAAUUGCAAGAUUUGGCGCCAGAUAACACUUUCUCAUCAGCAGCAGCAGCAACAGCACAUUUCAUUGAAUAAAGGGACAUCCCGUUGGUUGCCUUUUGAAGUUGUAAAUUCGAUAACAUUAUCAAGAGUUACUAGCAAGUAAAGCAAACAAACUGCCAAGAAGCGAAAAAGAAGAAUGGGAAGCCCGUAACCUGCUGGAUGCCAUCAACAAGAUCCGACGCCUAUCGCAGUCAGUAGUAAGACAAUGUAUUACGUUACGAAACCAACUACGAGAAGCAAUCCGUUUGAGCUUACCAUUUUGUGCAACCGCCUGAAAGCAACUUGCAACAAGUACAUCGAUCACCAUCGUUGUGUGUUGUGCCCAAUACACAUAAACGUUCAUCGAAGACAUCGAAGCAUCUGCAGAGCUUGGAAGGGCGCACAGAGACCAAUCGGUUUCCCAAGGUUGAUCAGUAAAAUUGAAGAGCAAUGGAUGUGGAAAUGGAAAGGUGUUGCAUGUGCUGGGAAAAUAGCUAAAACAAUACGAACGAACCGGCCAGGGAACUGAAACAGUGAAGGUGUGAAGGAAGUAUAAUAUCCAUGGAUGGAGUUGCGACCAUGUAAAAAAAUGGCCCCAAAGCAAGAAAGCAAGGAACACAAAUCUAGCGCCAAUUUAUAACUCUAGUCAUAUCAGUCAUACACCUGCACAUUAUACACAUUAUACAGAGCGACUAAGGAGUGGUAAGAGAGCGGGGGGCAGAGGGGUUACUACUUCGGUAUCGGAACAUAUUCAUCUGCCAUACCAGGCAACAUCAGUACCAGAGCAGGGCAGUAAACGUUGCGUUUCCUCAUCAACUAGUUCAAUAGAAAUACGGAAUCGUCCAUACUAGUCAUAUGCGUUAAGUAGAGGUAGCUAGAGUGAAACACAAGCAGCAGCAGCAGCAGCAGCAGCAGCAGCAACAGUAGCACCACAUGCAAAACAUUGACACACUAACGAUCACCUGACGCCACGUGGUAUGCAUUGUGAAGAGAGCGCGAAACAAUAGUAAUAGUGCAUCAGUUCGAGCGCCCUCUAGCAUCUAGAGCAGCAAUCGUAUGCAAUCAUGGAAGACAACGAUAGACCACUUUUGAAUUCCUGAGUACCAGGCGUCUCCAUUCGGGAUCGGAUGGCCAGUGAGUUUAGGUACGAACGAAUGGAUUUGGUAUUUUUGGAGAAAGAAUGAUCACACGUGGAUUCGUAAAAUUGGAAGGUCGUUAAUUGUGCUGUCCAGGUAGAGCUACAUUCGAGACACUUUGGGAAUGAGCUAUCAUUGCUCUGUUGCCGCUUAG